AUGUGCCAGAAGUACCGAAGGUGCUCAGCCCAGAGCCCCCUGGACAGCCCUGGAGCCUUGGACGAAACUUCUCCGGCCGCUCUUGGGCCACAUUUAGAGUGGCUGCCAGGAGGAGGGGGCACCCUGGUGACGGGCUCUGGAGGCAGCGUGUGGGCUGUGAUCCCACUGGGUUCUGGGGUUCCCCGUGUUGGACCCAACCUGCGGCCUCUCAAGCUUUCCCCCUUGUCUUUCUGUCCGUCCGCCACCGCCUCUGACGCGCCCUCUUGUUCGCCGCCACAUCCCUGCAGGCUCUCGGCCCGCCUCGGCCUCCCCUCCAUGGGACGCGCCACAGCCAGGAUGGGGUUUGCCAUUCGAGGGCUCGUAGAAGCACAACCGAAGACUGCCGGGCCCAAAGGCGACAACAUCUACGAAUGGAGGUCGACGAUUCUGGGGCCUCCGGGGUCGGUCUAUGAGGGCGGCGUGUUCUUCCUGGACAUCACCUUUACGCCCGAAUACCCCUUCAAGCCUCCCAAGGUGACGUUCCGGACAAGAAUCUAUCACUGCAACAUCAACAGCCAGGGGGUGAUCUGCUUGGACAUCCUGAAGGACAACUGGAGCCCGGCCCUCACCAUCUCCAAAGUGCUUCUCUCCAUCUGCUCCCUGCUCACUGACUGCAACCCUGCCGACCCCCUGGUGGGCAGUAUUGCCACUCAGUACAUGACCAACAGAGCGGAACACGACAGAAUGGCCCGGCAGUGGACCAAGAGAUACGCGACCUAGACGGGGCUCCGCGGCCGGCCGGACGUUCUGUCUGAUGGAAAGAGCUGCUGAUGAUUUUGAGGGGGGGGCGGGAGUGAGAAAGAGGAGGGUAUUUCUAUAACAGAUUUUAUUCAGUCUUUUAUUUCUUCCUAAGAUUUUGUUGUUGUCACUUAAGGUAUCUUGCUACGGUAGACAGUUAGAAUUGGGAAUAGCAUCUUGGGAGACUGUCGUAGUCCUGCGGUCUUAGCUCAGAGGACGGAAGCGCACGCUGGGCCGGGGCUCGUGGCGCCAAGAUGGAGACCAACAGCUUCCUCUGUCCAGGGCGCCCGCCGUGCACGCCGCGUCCUUCCCAGACUGCCUUCUUUCCUUUGCUUUGCUUUCUUUUUUUGUAAAAAGAUGUUGGUUUUCCCCCGAGAGGGGACGUUGCUAUUUAACAAUUCCUUUUUAGACCGUCAUCUCAUGCUGUAUAACGUGGACGUGUGAAGCCCGACGCCAUCAAGGACGGCCGUCGAGGCCGUGUUUCAUUUUCUGGCCGAGCUGCGUCGGCGCAAGAGGAGCCUGUAGUGAAAUACCUUAAGCUGUUACUGUAAGGCGUGGACUAGGAGUCGCUCGGUGGAUUGGUUGGUUCUAUGUUGUGGGCUACUUGAGUCUGCAUUUGUUACUGUGCUAAUAAAAGCUAUUAAAAAAGGCUGCACCCUCGGG